AUGAACGGGGCCAAGCUGCAAAUAAUUCACCACAAGACGGAUGUGUUGUUGGUCAGCAACUUCAAAGUAGUUCAGCGGUUACAGAUCACCGUCGAAGGGCAUGUGAUUGCAUUGAAGCGUGCACUAAAGCAAUUGGGAGUGAUAAGCGACGACUGGUUGAACUUUAACAACCACGUACACCUGCGAAAUUUCGGUCUAUUAUCUAAUGUAUCGUCAUCGAUACUGCGAUAUGGGGCUCCUACCUGUGGUUCAACGCUGAAAGCCAAGCGGAACCGCGAAAAGCUGACCAGGACUUUCCGGCUGGUGGUCGUACGAGGUGCGAUUGCGUAUCGGAGGCAGUAUGCGUUAUCGCCGCGAUGA